AUGGGCCAGUGCCGGUCAGCCAAUGCCGAGGAUGCCCAGGAAUUCAGUGACGUGGAGAGGGCCAUUGAGACCCUCAUCAAGAACUUCCACCAGUACUCCGUGGAGGGUGGGAAGGAGACACUGACCCCCUCCGAGCUCCGGGACCUGGUCACCCAGCAGCUGCCCCACCUCAUGCCGAGCAACUGUGGGCUGGAAGAGAAGAUUGCCAACCUGGGCAACUGUAAUGAUGCCAAACUGGAGUUCGGAAGCUUCUGGGAGCUGAUUGGCGAAGCUGCCAAGAGUGUGAAGCAGGAGAGCCCCGUACCUGGGAGUUGA